AUGUACUUCUUCCUCUCCACCCUGUCCUGGCCUGACAUUGGCUUCAUCUCCACCACCAUUCCAAAGUUAAUUGUGAACAUCCAAAGUCAGAGCACAGUCAUCUCCUAUGCAGGUUGCCUUACCCAGAUGUCUCUUUUUAUCAUUUUUGGAUGUAUGGAUGUCAUGCUUCUGACUGUGAUGGUCUAUGACCAAUUUGUAGCCACCUGCCAUUCCUUGAAUUUCUCAGUUAUCAUGAAUACUCGCUUCUGUGUUUUAGUUCUUAUGUCUUUUUUCUUUACCUUUGUGGAAACCCAGUUGCAUCUUUUGAUUGCAUUACAGAUGAGGAAUUUCAAGGAUGUGGAAAUUGAUAAUUUCUUCUGUGAUGCUUCUCAGGUCUUUAAUCUUUCCUGUUCUGACACCUUCAAAAAUAACACAGUUCAAUAUUUGGUUGGUAUACUAUAUGGUAUGUUUCCCAUCUCAGGGAUUGUUUUCUCUUAG